AAACUUUAAUGUUUCUUCAUCACCUCAUAAAGCUUCCAACAUAAUCAUAUCUUGGAACAUUUUCAGCUCCUAAUCUCUCUCUAGGAAACCACCAAUUUCCUCAUUUUUGCAUAACUUUAGAAUUCUUCAACAAUAAGAAGUUAUUAAGCACUUAUUUUUGAAUUGAAAAAAGUUAAUAUACAUAGAGGUACUCUGAAAGAUGCAUGCUGUUGGAAGGCAAAUGCAAAGAUCAGGCUCCACCAGCUACCACCAGAGGCAGCUCUCUGAUAAUUUUCUUGAAGGUGGUGGUUUUAGUAAGAACAGCAAAUGGCUUCAGCCUCAGGUACGUAAGAGACCCCUUAAUAAAAGGGAGGUGGCGAAGACGGAGGAAGACAUUAUAACUAUUGAUCCAAAUACUAAUUCCCUUUCCGUCCAUGAGAAAAAAUUCAAGGUGGACUUAACUGAAUAUGUUGAGAAGCAUGAUUUUUUUUAUGACGCUGUGCUGAAUGAGAAUGUCUCCAAUGAAGAAGUAUACUUGGAGACAGUCGAGCCUAUAAUACCAAUGAUUUUUGAACGAACAAAAGCAACCUGCUUUGCUUAUGGCCAAACAGGGAGUGGAAAGACUUUUACAAUGCAACCGUUGCCACUUAAGGCAUCCGAAGAUAUAUUUAGGCUAAUGCACUAUAAUUACCGGAACCAGGGAUAUCAGUUGUUUGUCGGUUUCUUUGAAAUAUAUGGAGGAAAGCUAUUUGAUCUUCUCAAUGAUAGAAAAAAGCUUUGUAUAAGGGAAGAUGGAAAACAACAGGUCUGCAUUGUGGGCUUGCAAGAAUUUGGAGUAGUAGAUGUAAAUACAGUCAAGGAAUUAAUCGAGAGAGGCAAUUCAACAAGAAGUACUGGCACAACUGGUGCAAAUGAGGAAUCCUCUCGAUCACAUGCUAUACUGCAGCUUGCUAUCAAAAAAAUUGUUGAUGGGAAGGAAUCAAAGCCUGCUCGUCUUGUUGGCAAGUUAUCUUUUAUAGAUCUUGCUGGAAGUGAACGUGGUGCAGAUACGACAGAUAAUGACAAACAAACAAGAAUGGAAGGCGCUGAAAUUAAUAAAAGUUUACUUGCACUAAAGGAAUGCAUCAGAGCACUUGACAGCGAUCAGGGUCAUAUUCCCUUCAGAGGGAGUAAGCUAACUGAGGUUCUUAGAGACUCAUUUGUUGGUGAUUCGCGCACUGUUAUGAUAUCAUGCAUUUCCCCAAACUCAGGAUCAUGUGAACAUACUCUCAACACAUUAAGAUAUGCUGACAGGGUUAAGAGUCUGUGCAAGGGAACCAGCAGCUUCAGGAAAGAUACACUUUCUUCGUCACUAAACAUUAGAACCUCAACAGCUUUGCCCUUGUCUUCAGUUUCAACAACUGCAACAGCCUCUUCAGAUAAUAACCCCACAGAUGUCGGAAGUAACAGAUUCGGGUGGCCUAAGCAAAGUGAAUUGGAGCCUUCUGAAUCAUUGACACUUGAACGUGCUCCUAAUGGACGAGUAGAAAGCACCUCAGCCUCAAAGGCCUUUCCAGAUAAAUACAAGGGUCAGACAGAAAGGCCAGAUGAUGUAAUUGAAGACUAUUUUGAGUACAACGAGGAAACUCAUGAACAAAACAAUCAAUUUCAGACAAGGAACACCACUCAAACAAAUGCCAGGGAAUCGACAGCAUCUCAGGCUAAGAACUCACAUUCAGACGAAGAAAUUGAUGCUAUCCUAAAGGAAGAGAAUGAUCUUGUGAAUGCUCACCGCAAACUCAUAGAACAGACUAUGGAUAUUGUCAGACAGGAGAUGGACCUUUUGGUUCAGGUUGACAAUCCAGGAAACCAGCUCGACGAAUAUAUUCACAAGCUAAAUGUGAUUCUUUCGCAUAAGGCAGCAGGAAUUGUGCAGCUGCAAAAUCGAUUAGGUCAGUUCCGGAGCCAUUUGCAUGAAUACAAUAUCUUAGCUUCUUCCGGGCAGUAAUCAUGUUCCUUCUGGUAUAAACACUAAUAUUGUUGGUAAAAAAUGUCAUGACUCAAUUUCCUUGAUGGUCUUUCCCCAUGGAAAGACAGGUUUUGGUGUGUGUUUUUGGAUUUCUCCGCAUUGAAAGCUUGUUUCCAUCUUCUUCUCUUUUUGUU